AUGGCCGGAAAUUGUCCAGUACCUUUUUCUUCAUUUUCUAAGUUAUCCCUUUUAGUCUUCAUCAAUUUAAUUCUUUAUCCCUUCACUGAAGGACAAACUAGUGGCUUUUCUACUCAUCUCAUACAUCGUGACUCUCCAAAAUCCCCCUUGUAUAACCCCUCCGACUCCAACUAUGAAAGGCUUCAUGAAGCUUUUCAUCGUUCCUUUGCUCGAGCCCAGUAUUUCAACAAAAGAAUCUCCCACUCUCGUUCCAAGCUUCUGUCACAUUUUUCUUCUGAUUCAAUCCAGUCCAACAUUACAUCCGUCAAUGGGGAGUACCUCAUUAAAGUAUCUAUCGGAACCCCAGCUGUUGAUGUCCUGGCCAUUGCUGACACAGGUAGCGAUCUUACGUGGAUACAAUGCCGGCCCUGCAUUCGAUGUUUUAAGCAAGAUGCCCCUCUUUUUGAUCCUAGUAAAUCAACGACUUAUGAGCAAGUAUUAUCAUGCCGCGCUCCGUUGUGUCGUUUGGAUCCUGGAAUUACAGUUUGUUAUCCUGGAAAUAUAUGUGGGUAUGGAGUUGCAUAUGGAGAUAAUUCUUUUAGUGAUGGGGAUCUUGCUACGGACACUUUUACGUUUGAAUCAAGUUCUGGCGGAAAUAUAUCAAUUGCAAAUGUUGCUUUUGGUUGUGGGCACGAAAAUGGUGGCAUCUUCGGGGUAACUUCCUCUGGGAUAGUUGGACUAUCACGUGGAGCAUUGUCAAUUAUAAGGCAAUUGAAUGCAUCAAUUGCUGGUAAAUUUUCCUAUUGUUUGACUCCUAGAAACUCGUACAUUUCAAGUAAGAUCCAUUUUGGAACACACGCUGUUGUUUCAGGCCCUGGAGUAGUUUCAAAUACGUUGUUCAAGAAAGCUGGAGAUAAAUUCUACUAUCUCGAUUUAAUUGGCUUCAGUGUUGGAAAUGUAACGAUUCGAAACCAGGGUUUCACCAAGUUGGAUAAUUCUUCCCCUAAUGAUGGGGGUAAUGUCGUACUUGAUUCUGGAGCAACACUAACGUAUGUCCCCAGGCAAAUGUACGAAAAUUUUGAAACAGGAGUAAUUGAUUUAACAACGGGUACACGGGUUCCUGAUCCAGGUACUGGUGCCAACUUCAGACUUUGCUAUAAUAAGUAUAGCAACCUCCAAUUUCCCGAAAUUGUUGCUGUCUUUUCUGAUGCUGACCUAAUAAUACCUCCAAACAAUAUAUUCGUCGAAGUCUCUAAGGGGGUGGUCUGUUCGACUAUAGUUCCAACUGAUGGUACUCCAAUUCUUGGAAACCUGCUGCAGAUAAAUUUUCUUAUUGGAUAUGAUCUUGUUAACGGGAUGGUCUCCUUCUUGCCCACUGAUUGCACCAAAAAUCAUUAA